AUGCCACCCGCUCUGAGUGAUUUGGAGUCUUCGGACAGCGAGAUCCCGGCCGCUGUUGCCCCCAAUUCCUCCAAGAAGCAGCCCAAGAAGCAGCCCAAGAAGCCUGCGCCCGUAGAACCCGCCGUCGAGGAGGAGGAGGAGGAGGAGGAGGAGGAGGAGGAGGAGGACGCUGGCGAGGACGAAUACAUUGUCGAGAAGAUUCUCGGGCACCGCUUCAACAAGGGUGUGCUAGAAUUCGAUGUCAAGUGGCAGGGCUAUGAAGACCCCAAGGACCGCACCUGGGAGCCCGAGGCGAACAUGGAGACAGCCGCCGACGUGCUGAGCGAGUACUUCGAGGACCUCGGCGGGCGUCCUGAGAAGCCUGAGAAGGGCGCCAAGCGCAAGGGCCGCGCCUCGAUGGCCAAGAGCGAGACGUCCACGCCCGCCACGGCCUCCAAACGCGCAAAGAAGACACAGGAAGAGCCCGUCGAGAAGGCGUGGAGUCCGCCGCCAGGCUCGUGGGAGCACGACGUCUCGCACAUUGACACAGUUGAGCAGAACACAGACCCGAAGACUGGCAAGGACGCCAAGUUCGCGUACAUUGUUUGGAACAACCAGAAGAAGACGCAGCACCCGCUGAAGCACAUCUACACCAAAUGUCCACAGAAGAUGCUACUAUACUACGAAAGCCACUUGGUCUUCACCCCGAGCGAAACAAACGGCGAACCCACGGACGAGAAAUACUAG